AUGGCACAAUGUCUUGUGUCGGCCAAGCUGGCCUUACCGACCGCUUUACGCAGCGUCUUCUUUUCUGAGCUAUCCACCAAUACGUAUUUUCCGGUUACUAGCUUUUUUCGAGCUCCGCAAAAACCUCAUCUCAGAUGCCUCAGCACGACAAACAGAGUUCGCCAGGUCCAGAUCGAAACUUCCAAUGAGAUAUCACAGUCACAUGGAUUGCAAAAUAAUAUAUCAGAACCACGAAAGCAAGAAGGGAGGUCAUCAUCUCGCGAAUCAAGACCUUUAAGGUCUACGAAACCAGACGGGAAGAAUCGUGAUUCUGUGAAACCAGACCAGACGAGCCGUGAUCCCUCGAAGAAAAAAGACCACAAAGACAAAGGGCGCUGGAGAGAUCGCAAACCCGAGGAUAAGGACAAGAAAGAACCCAAAGAGAAGUCAAAGCCAGAGCCUUGGCAAGUGCAGAAAGGAGCUCUAGACAAAAAGUUUCCAGUUGGUUGGAAUCCCCCCAAGAAGCUUUCUCCCGAUGCACUUGAAGGAAUUCGUCAUCUACACGCAACUGCGCCCCAUCACUUCACAACUGCUGUUCUCGCUGAAGAAUUCAAAAUAUCCCCUGAGUCAAUUCGUCGGAUUCUCAAGAGCAAAUGGAGACCAUCAGCAAAUGAGCAGGAAGAUCGUCGCAAGCGAUGGGAGAAGCGGCACGAUCGCAUUUGGGCCCAUAUGGCUCAGCUUGGUCUUCGAAAGCCAACUGAUGCUUCAACCGAGCUAUCCGAUCAUAAAAUUUUAUACGAUGAGGAAAAGGACAAGGGCAAAAAGCAAGACAAAGACCAAGACAAAUUCCAAGAUCAGAAUCAGAAAUAA